UUCAUGGAAGAAAAAGAUGAACAGGUCAUGUCAGUCGAGUGUACAUAAUAUACGCGUAGUAGGCUACUAAGGGGAGGAGGGGUUAUAUCCUGAACUACCGGAGAGACGCUCAUGUUCGUGCUCACACUCACACUACUCUUCAACUGUCUGUCCUGACAAGAGUGAGACAUCAGAUGUCCUCGGGAAAUAUGGACCUUGAGAGGAAAAGAAAAAUGAAGGAGCAAUGUGCCCUGAGGAAGGACAUCAUCAAAGAGUUCCUCGCAGAAUUUCUGGGGAUAUUCGUAUUAAUACUCUUUGGAUGUGGCUCGGUGGCCCAGACAGUGCUGAGUAAGGGAGCUCUGGGAGAACCCCUAACCAUACACAUCGGCUUCACUCUGGGGGUGAUGAUGGCCGUCUACGUGGCUGGGGGAGUGUCAGGGGCUCAUGUGAACCCAGCAGUCUCCCUGGCCAUGGUGGUCCUGGGCAAGCUGCCUAUAAAGAAGUUCCCUGUCUACGUGGCAGCACAGUUCCUGGGUGCCUUCGCUGGAUCUUGUGCUGUCUAUGGGUUGUAUUAUGAUGCCUUAAUGGAACACACAGGAGGAGUUAUGCAAGUUACUGGUGUCAAUGCCACAGCUAAUAUAUGGGCAUCCUACCCUGCCAAGCACAUCUCAGUCCUUGGAGGAUUCGUAGACCAGGUAAUAGGAACAGCUGCCUUGAUCUUGUGCAUUCUGGCCAUUAUUGAUGGGAAGAACAUUGGAGCUCCUAAAGGGAUGGAGCCACUGUGCAUUGGCUUGAUCAUCAUGGCCAUCGGAGUGUCCAUGGGACUCAACUGUGGCUAUCCCAUCAACCCUGCCAGAGACCUGGGCCCAAGGCUCUUCACUGCUGUGGCCGGAUGGGGCAUGGAGGUGUUCCGUGCUGGAGGCUGCUGGUGGUGGAUCCCAGUAGCGGGGCCCAUGGUGGGAGGAGUGGUGGGGGCCGGCGUUUACUUCCUGUUCAUCGAGCUGCACCAUGCCGAGCCUGAGAAACAGGGGGAGAACAACGUCAAGGACAAAUACGAGAUGGUCACCCUGAGUUAGACAGAGAGGUCAUGGGCCCCAAUGGUACUGAGGCUUGGCAGCUUCCUACCCCUUUAACCCUCAACAGGCUAAACAUUCACCUCAAUGAGGCCACACUUGACACAACCUUCUCUGCCGGCACUAGAGUCAUUUCCUCUGUCUAAGGGACCUGAGGUCAGGUCUCAGUCUAAGGGACCUGAGGUCAGGUCUCGGUCUUUGCACUCUCAUGGACAGGUCCGCUGAAAGAAUGCCAGUUGAGCCAACACAUAAAAAACACAAACAAUGUUAAUGUUAAAUUCACAAGCACAAGCUGAGAUCUCAGGCAUGUUUACUAGCCCAUGACAUCAUCAACAUCAGGUGUUCAGACUAUCCAUUCUACUCUGAGGAUAGUUCCUGACUACAGUGAUUUUUAAGAAUUUAUAUUGCAUUUCUUGUAUAGGGCUAUUUUUCAUUGCAGGAGGAAUUUUCCAAGUUUGAAAUGUCUCAAUAUUUUCUCUUUCAGGCAGAGGCAAUGGUAAAUGUUAUUAACAACAUAGAAAAUAGCCAGUAACAGUUUCGAUGAUGGAAGGAAGAAAGUGUGUAUAUUUUUUGUCAUUGAGCUAGUUUAAUGGUAUGCUCUUUGGAGUGUCUUCCGUCUUCUGCUUCACUUCAUCCAUCUAUUUGUUACAGUUGUGUGAAUCGCUCUGCCUGCUGCGACGCACAGCCUCAUCACUGCAUGUGUGCUAUAGCUAACACACAUCUAUGUAUUUGUGCUUUGAAAUGCUCAUAGUCUUUUUUCCUAGCAUUUAUUUUUAGAGUGCAGAAAAAACAGCCUUAAUGUGUGUGAAAUGAGCCUCACACCGUUCAGUUUGUACUCUCUCUCUCUCGUGGAGCACAGAACUAUGUAUCGUGACAUGGCAUCACUUCUGAAUUAUUUGUAUCUGACUUUUAUUUCCUCUUAUAUAACGUUCCUGCUGUCAUGUGCAUACAUUUUCAUAGAAGCAUGAGUAGGGAAGCCUAGUAUCUACAGUACCUAGCAUUGAAAUGUUUUAAUAAACAAUAUACUGUAUGAAGAGUCCAUUGAGAGAUAGUUUACCCCACUGGCCAAUGGCCAUAUGGGAAUGUAUAAAAAUGGUUUGUUUAUCAUAAUCAAUACGUUAUUCCUCCAAUGAUGUGACUAGGAUUUAACCACUCAGGAACUCCUACACUAUGACCUAUAGUGAACUGGACAAUAACAGAAUAACAUCAGUACAACUUCCAACAAUAGAGCCCUUCAACUCAUACAAAAACACUAAAAUGAACCAAGUCCUUCCAUCCUAGUAAUGUUAUUUAGCCAUGAGUGGGCAGAGGAACAUGGGUGGGCAGAGGAACACUAGUUCCCUAUUCCCAGAAGAGCCCUCACCAAUGGAACACAUUUUAUAACCUGUAUGUGGCUUACUACUGAACCAGAUAUAAUUCGUAGGGAAAAAUAAUCUCUAUUAUUUUACACCUUUGUUACUUAGUGGUUUAGUUGCUGUAGUUUCUUAUUGUAGUUUGUUUUUUGCUUUAAAAAAUUGCUACUUGUACUUUGGAUGACUACGUGAUGCUAGCUUGAUUCUCCUGAGAUUCAACCUUUUUAGGAGUACAAUGUUUUAUGGCUGUUGUUUUUUUGUUGCUUCACUUGGCUUAAAAAAAGAUAAAAGGCACUUUUACUCACACAAUUUUUCUCAGAUGCUAUUUGAUAAAAGUUACUUGUUUGUGAAGGUCAUUUUGUAAUUUAUACAACUGUAUUGUAGAUUUUACAAAAAUACAUAUUUUAUGUGCAUUA